ACUCUCUUCCUCAUGCUUCAGUAUCUUGGUGUCUCCCGAGGACACACUUGUGGCCAACUUUCUCACUAUUUACAUAUUCUUACAUUUUAGGUAUGCUGCUGGAGUUACUUUUAGGUAAGACGGGUGUGGGGGAUGCUAUAAAUUUCCCUGCAUUGAUAACUUUGGCGACCACUCUGCAACAAUAACCUGUAAAGAUUUAUGCUUGCUACUGUAGAAAGAGAAUAUAAAUCAAGCAAAGCUGAGGAGGGGGGGGGGAGUGUCCAUAAUGUAUGUGGUGUAACCGGAGCCACACAGCUGGAGCCUUGACCUCUGCAAUCCCUCCAGCUGGAGGCUCCAUACCUCAGUGUCUCCUGUCAUGGGGAGCAACAGGAGGGACCCUGCAGUAUGGGGGGCAACAGGAGACACCCAGCAGUAUGGGGAGCAACAGGAGACACCCAGCAGUAUGGGGAGCAACAGGAGACACCCAGCAGUAUGGGGAGCAACAGAAGACACCCUGCAGUAUGGGAAGCAACAGGAGACACCCUGCAGUAUGGGGAGCAACAGGAGACACCCAGCAGUAUGGGGAGCAACAGGAGACACCCAACAGUAUGGGGAGCAACAGGAGACACCCUGCAGUAUGGGGAGCAACAGGAGACACCCUGCAGUAUGGGGAGCAACAGGAGGGACCCUGCAGUAUGGCGAGCAACAGGAGACACCCUGCAGUAUGGGGAGCAACAGGAGACACCCUGCAGUAUGGGGAGCAACAGGAGACACCCUGCAGUAUGGGGAGCAACAGGAGGGACCCUGCAGUAUGGGGAGCAACAGGAGACACCCUGCAGUAUGGGGAGCAACAGGAGACACCCUGCAGUAUGGGGAGCAACAGGAGGGACCCUGCAGUAUGGGGAGCAACAGGAGACACCCUGCAGUAUGGGGAGCAACAGGAGACACCCUGCAGUAUGGGGAGCAACAGGAGACACCCUGCAGUAUGGGGAGCAACAGGAGACACCCUGCAGUAUGGGGAGCAACAGGAGACACCCUGCAGUAUGGGGAGCAACAGGAGGGACCCUGCAGUAUGGGGAGCAACAGGAGGGACCCUGCAGUAUGGGGAGCAACAGGAGACACCCUGCAGUAUGGGGAGCAACAGGAGACACCCUGCAGUAUGGGGAGCAACAGGAGGGACCCUGCAGUAUGGAGAGCAACAGGAGGGACCCUGCAGUAUGGGGAGCAACAGGAGGGACCCUGCAGUAUGGGGGGCAACAGGAGACACCCAGCAGUAUGGGGGGCAACAGGAGACACCCAGCAGUAUGGGGAGCAACAGGAGACAAGUGCAGUAUGGGGAGCAACAGGAGACACCCAGCAGUAUGGGGAGCAACAGGAGGGACCCUGCAGUAUGGGGAGCAACAGGAGACACCCAGCAGUAUGGGGAGCAACAGGAGACACCCAGCAGUAUGGGGAGCAACAGGAGACAGUGCAGUAUGGGGAGCAACAGGAGACACCCAGCAGUAUGGGGAGCAACAGGAGACACCCACAAGUAUGGGGAGCAACAGGAGACACCCUGCAGUAUGGGGAGCAACAGGAGACACCCAGCAGUAUGGGGAGCAACAGGAGACACCCUGCAGUAUGGGGAGCAACAGGAGACACCCAGCAGUAUGGGGAGCAACAGGAGACACCCUGCAGUAUGGGGAGCAACAGGAGACACCCUGCAGUAUGGGGAGCAACAGGAGACACCCAGCAGCAUGGGAAGCAACAGGAGACACCCCCAUGUAUAAUGUAAGGUGUGUGAUAUGUGAUGUAUAAUGUAUGGUGUGGGAUAUUUGGUGUAUAAUGUAAGGUGUGUGAUAUGUGAUGUAUAAUGUAUGGUGUGUGAUAUGUGGUGUAUAAUGUAAGGUGUGUGAUAUGUGAUGUAUAAUGUAUGGUGUGGGAUAUUUGGUGUAUAAUGUAAGGUGUGUGAUAUGUGA